UGUGUGACCACAGCCUUUAUUUUCUAAAAAAUAAUAAUCGUAAACCCACGGCCAAAACCUGUCGCUUCCAAAACGAUUGAGCCACGUGACGGUAACGCCCGAAAGUUCAAGGAAGCUCACCCAGAAGCGCGACGACAAAUGACAACGGGACCCCACUUCUCCAGCCUCCGCUAUAUAAACCGCAACCUCUGAAACAAAAUUUUCAAACCAAACGCUUAAAAUUCCCUCGAAACCCAAAUCACGUGACGGCGUCUCGGUCCGAACAAGACAAGAUGCUGCUCAACCCGGCGUGCGAGGCGGCGGCGCUGGACAGCAUCCGGCACCACCUCCUGGACGAGCCGGCGGCGGCGAGCGCGGCGCCGCGGCCGGUGUACCGCCGCAGCACGAGCUUCGGCAGCCUGGUGGCGGACCAGUGGAGCGAGUCCCUCCCGUUCCGCCCCGACGACGCCGACGACAUGGUCGUCUUCGGCGCGCUCCGGGACGCCUUCUCCCGGGGCUGGCUCCCCGACGGCUCCUUCGCCGCCGUCAAGCCCGAGCCCCCAGCGUCCCCGGACUCCCCCUACGAGUUCGGCUCCUGCCUCGGCGGCCGCGGCCUCCCCGUGUCGCCCGAGGAGGAGGAGCCCGAGACGCCGACGGCCGGGGCGGCGUCGGCCGCGAUGACGCCCGGGGGCAGUGAGGAGGCCGCGGCGGUGGGCAGGGGGAAGCACUACCGCGGGGUGAGGCAGCGGCCGUGGGGCAAGUUCGCCGCGGAGAUCCGGGACCCCGCCAAGAACGGUGCGCGCGUGUGGCUCGGCACCUACGACAGCGCCGAGGACGCCGCCGUGGCGUACGACCGCGCCGCCUACCGCAUGCGCGGAUCCCGCGCGCUCCUCAACUUCCCGCUCCGCAUCGGCUCCGAGAUCGCCGCCGCGGCCGCGGCCGCUGCCACCGCCCCCGCCCCCGCCGUAGGAGAGAAGCGGCCGUCAGCCGAGCCAGCUGCGAGCUCCGACUCUUCCUCCCCUUUGUCGUCCUCCUCCUCGUCCGGGACUCCCAAGCGGAGGAAGAGAGGCGAGGCCGCGGCCGCGACCAUGGCCAUGGCUCUGGUGCCGCCCACGCCGGCGCAGCCUCCCGUCCAGCUGACCCUCCCGGUCCACCCGUGGUUCGCCGCCGGCCCAGCCCAGCAGCUAGUGAGCUAAGUGGUGAUGCACUGAUGUUAGAGUAUCAGUCGAUCUUCCUCGCGAGAAAAUUUGCUGCUUGAUGAAUCGAUCCGAGUGCAAGAACAGAGCAGCAAGACGCUGCGCAUCCAACACGCACACUGCUCCAAGAACUGCGUGGCAUGGAACCUGUCGCCCGAUGGGGUUGCUCAAGUGAAACCAAGAAACAAGAAAAAAGAUGCUGUCUUGUGAGAAACUUGUAACGUAGAAUCAGGAGUGUCGUAUUGCUGCCUGCGUCAUCGCGUUGGCAUUGGGAUUGGUUGAAACCGGAAGCUUCUCUGUGAGAGGCUGCUGACCCUGGUGCGAAUUCGCAUCACCAGCACUUCUAGAACGGAUAUUAUUCUUUGUUCUUUGGUUGGAGUAUUGUUCAAAGUGAUCCCUGUCAAAACUGUCAGAUGCUA